GAGGAACCAUAAACCCCACCGCCACUUAUACAUGCAGAGGUGUAAAAUAGUUUCUAUCACCCCCACUUUCGUUCUUUAUUUCUCACAAACCAAACCCUAGCCGCCGGCGACACCAUCGCGGCUAUCACUUUCGGUUUCGCUUCUUAUUUCUCACCCACCUAGCCUUAGCCGCCGCUGCCGACGACACCAUCACGCUGCAUCCACUACAGAUUUCUUUCUUGAAAUUUCAAUCAUGACUUUACUUGAACUCAUCAAGGAUGCUUCUGUCAAUUCAAAAUCACUUGAUUUGCCUUCAGACUAUCCUAUUGUUCUGAAUUCAGAUAGUAUCAUACCUAAUUUGGAGUCCGAACUUAAGGAGGAAUCUUCCUCGUCUCUCAUAAAGCCCCUUAUUGGAUGGCAAAUUUCACAAACUGAUACUGAAAUCAUUGACAUUAGCAAAAAGUUCUUUACACUGCUAAAGUUGAAGCUCUACAACAUUAAAGAUUUGGGAAAGGGUGAAUUUAUUGAUGAUUUGAAUACCUAUCUAGAAAACAUCAGUGAUAAAGUUGGGGUUUUAAUUGGGAUUGAUUCAUCUAGUAGUGGUUACAGCAGGUUCUUGAUUGACAAACUUGGAUCUUUCAUGGGUAAAGAUGUUGCUGGCCUGGUUUUGGAUGGGUGUGUUUCUUUGGAGAUUUGGGAAGUUGUUGAGGCUUUGAUUGUUAAUGGUAUUAUUGGGCAUUCUUGUUAUUCAAACCUGGUUACCAGGUUAGUGGAAAAGAAGCGGUCUGAUUUGCUCUGUUUAUGUAUUAAGCAUGCUUUUGAUCUUGGUUCAUCUGAAAUACUCAGCAUUUUGAGGUGUUUUCUUUCUCCAUCCAAAGAUGCUUAUAGCAGUAUGGUAACUGUGAAGGAGGAGUGGGAGAACCAAGCAAUGUUAGCCAUUGAGAAAGUAAGUGAUAGCAACCUCAAGUGGAAGAAUUUGCUUCUGGCAAAGGAGGCUUCCAUUUUGCUUAUGAUAGCGUAUGAUGGUUUCUCUGCAUCUGAGCUUUGUUUGCAUUAUCUGAUUGCAUCGUCAAACAUCAAUGAUGUGAUGUUAUCCUCUUCAUUCACUAAGUUGAGCGGCCAAGAGUUGAUAAAUUUGAUUCGCUAUUUAUCAAAGUGGUUGAAGAAAUAUGAGAGGUUUCCUCAAGCGGUUCCGUGUCCAAAAGCCAAAUCAGUUUUGGGUUUGAAGGCUUGCGAUUGGGUUCCUAAAUUUGAAGAUGUUGUAAAAUGUCUUGGUUUGGUGCUUGAUGAGAAUUUUUCUUCAUUGGUGUUACAUUCACAGUUUCAUGAGGAACUGAGAUUAAUCGAAGGGGUGGUUAGUUCUUUAACUGCUGAAGCCAAACUUUGUUACUUGAUGGCUGAUGUAGUGGACAAACUAAAAAUCGAAGUCAGAGGUGGAAAUUAGUGAGCCCCUUGCGAAGAUUCAUUAUUGUUUUUGAUGUGUUAGGCAUUUUUGUUAAUGAUGUACUCCUGAAUGAACUGAUGAUCAAUGACCAUAUCCGUCUCUAUGAUCUGUAUCCUCUUCUCACAUCCCCGACCUAAUAUCCAGUAUCUAUGUGUAUUAUGUUGUUAAGGAUCGUGACUGCAAUUCAUCCAGAGGUUCAUUUCUUCUCAUAAUAUAUUUUGAUAU